GCCUGUGUCUCAACGAGCUGAUCAUCAACCCCCACCAGCAGCACAUGGACGCCUUCUUCUGGGUGAUGGACUGGGAAGGGAUGAUCUCUGUCUCCAGCCUGGUGGGGCUCCUGGAGAAGCACUUCUUCCCCAAGUGGCUUCAGGUGCUCUGUUCUUGGCUCAGCAACAACCCCAAUUAUGAGGAGAUCACCAAGUGGUACCUGGGCUGGAAGUCCAUGUUUUCCGACCAGGUGCUGGCCCACCCCUCCAUCAAGGAGAAAUUCAAUGAAGCCCUGGACAUCAUGAACAGAGCCGUUUCCUCCAGUGUCG